UUGGUUCGCUCCGUUGCUGUGCGCCUCUGGAUCGAGAGUAGAGCAGUGCGAUUUAAGAGGAGCUGCGCGUGCGGUCGCUCUUCAGCUUUGAACAAUCUGACCUGAUGAAAAUGUUUAAUUAAAACCACGACCUGCUCUUUCAAUUAUGUGACAGUCGGCUGUUUCCACUGUACAACGCGUCUGGACCGCUUAGGGAAUCAGUAGAGGGACAUUUUCAAGCCUCAAAGAGCCCAGCUGAUUUAGAAACUCAGGGUUCGUGCGUCCUGCUACCUGCACAGUGCAUGACCGACCCCUCCAUAGAUUUAAAUGGCUUGCUGUCUGAAAGACGAGCUCUUGUGUUCCAUUUGUCUGAGCAUUUAUCAAGACCCAGUCAGUUUCGGCUGCGAGCACUACUUCUGCCGUAAGUGCAUCACUGAGCACUGGAGCAGACAGGAGCACCACGGGCCGCGAGACUGCCCGGAGUGCAGGAGGACCUUCACGGAUCCCCUUCUGUCCCCGAGCCUGAAGCUCUCCAACAUCGUGGAGAGGUAUGCUGCUUUCCCUCUGGACGCCAUCCUGAACGCCCAGAGGAACUCGUACCCAUGCAAGGACCAUGAAAAGGUCAAGCUCUUCUGCUUAAGUGACAAGAGCUUGGUGUGCUUCUUCUGCGAUGAGCCUGCCUUACACGAACAGCACCAAGUCACUACCGUUGACGAGGCCUAUGAGGAAAUACAGAGGGAGAUGAAGGAGCAGCUGGUGACUCUACAAGACAGUGAGAAGGGUCAUACGGAGGCUUUGCAGCUGCUGCAGAGACAGCUCACUGAAACCAAGUCAUCAGCGAAGAGCCUUCGUGCCACAAUCGGAGAUGCAUUCGAGCGACUGCACCGCUUCCUGCGGGAACGGCAGAAGAGCAUGCUUGAGGAGCUGGAGGCAGAUACGGCGCGCACGCUUUCUGAUAUCGAGCACAAGAUCCAGCGCUACAGCCAGCAGCUCCGCGACGUCAAGGAAGGGAUCCAGAUCCUUCAGGAGCGACUCAGUGAGACCAGCCGUCAUGAAUUCUUGGAAGGAAUAGCCCUGACGUCAGACAGGGAGCAAGUGAUUCGUGGAGGGUAUUGCUGGUGGAAGCUACCAAGAAUAAAGGGAAAGAUCCACGAAACCAACCUCACCUAUGAAGACUUCCCGACGUCCAAAUACAUGGGGCCACUACAAUAUACCAUCUGGAAGUCUCUUUUUCUGGAUAUAUCGCCAGUGCCUGCUGCUUUAACCAUGGACCCCAUCACUGCUCACCAGAGGCUCAUAUUGUCAGACGACUGCACCAUCGUUGCAUACGGGAACCUGCACCCGCAGCCCCUGCAGGAUUCGCCGCGCCGCUUUGACGUUGAGGUGUCAGUGCUGGGAGCCGAGGGCUUCUCCGCGGGCGUCCACUACUGGGAAGUGAUGGUGUCCGAGAAAACCCAGUGGAUGAUCGGCGUGGCCAACGAGACGGUCAACCGCAAGGGCAGCAUUCAAAUCCAACCCAGCCGAGGCUUCUACUGCAUCGUCAUGCACGACGGUAACCAAUACAGCGCUUGCACCGAGCCCUGGACGCGCCUCAACGUAAAGAGCAAACUCGAGAAAGUGGGCGUCUACUUGGACUACCCCAAAGGUUUGCUGGUUUUCUACAAUGCCGACAACAUGUCCUGGCUCUACACCUACCGAGAGAAGUUUCUAGCUAAACUUUAUCCGUACUUCAGCCCCGGUCAAAGUCACGCCAAUGGAAAAAACGUGCAGCCCUUGCGAAUUAACACCGUGCGUUUAUAGGAACCCAGACAGCAGAAAAGUUUUGGGGAUGAAAAAGAAGAAACUGAUUACUAGGCUGUAUAAUAACGUUUCUUUCAACUUACCUUAGGGCACUCGGUGGGUAGCCGACUUGUUACUGAAUGAAGCGAUCUGACAGAUGGAUUGUGACGGAAGGCUCUGUGGACACCUGGAGUUGGUAAAUAAAAUGGAGAGCCUUGCACUUUUCUGAGAGGUGCCUAUGGGCAUUUUGUACAUUUUAUUCUUGCUAGUCAUUUGUAAUCUUGCCGUGGCCGGCCUGCUUGCCCAAGAUUUCCCAGCUGCUUAUUAUACACAAUACCCCGACUUACAUCCCUUCAGCCCCUGCAGGGUCCAAAUGCUCCUUUCAUGGCUCAAGUCUGGGAAAAAGAGCUUAUCCGUUGUGCAGACAGAAAUAUGAAAUGUGUUGCCUGUUUUUUUUGUGCAAUAGGCUUUGGCGUGUUUGUGGAGUGCGUCAAGCGUCGUACUGCUACUCGACACUGAGGGUAGUGCUGUACGAACUUCUUGCUUUAUUUUUUCUCAAUAACUGCAUGAACGGAGAGUGGAAUAUUAUGUCCCUCAGGUCAUGCUUAUUCACGACGGUGACGGUGUUUGAUGCAGUAAUCAAGCUCCCAGACGCCCAGCGUGUUUCUGUACGCGUGAAUGAUUGUGUAUGUGUUUUUAUCACCUUCUAAUCGAGAUUCAGGACUCGAAUGCCGCUAACACAUCUGCUGCUACUAUAAAAAAGGGGUCAUGACUUUGCGCAUUUGUACAUAUCGCAGGAGAGCUUUGCUAUAUUGGUGAAAAAUGUGUCCCUGCACCUUCCUUUUCCCUUUUGCUUGAUAUCACUUUUAUUUAUUCAUCCUGUACUCACUUUCUAGAACAUUCCAGUGUUUGGGGUCCCGGGACAUCUCAUUAGGAUGGUCGAAGGGUCAUCUGUCUGCUUUAACGUGUCUAAUCAGGUGAUAAGAGGGUGAAAGACAUUUCCGUUUCCGAGAGAUUGCAUCUGUUGCUCUUUAGAAAAGUGUUGAAAUAACUGUAUUUUUCUAUAUAUAUAUAAAUUGAAAUUAUUUUCACGUAAAUAAG